AUGAAGAUAACUAAAUUUCUAGUGCUCUCCUUCUUUCUUUUUGCCUUCACAGCUUCUUCUUUUCCUGAGGCCAUUCAGGCUAAAGUUCCUGAAGCAGUGGUCGAUAGCUUCGGUAACGAGCUUGAAGCUGGUGGUAGUUAUUUCAUCAGAGCCUUUCCAGCUGGCAGUACAACUCCUCUUGCCGUCUCUAGCGAAGGUAUGUGCCCACCAGAUGUUAGACUUUCAGCAAUCUUCGAUAAGGUCUCAAUAAGAAUUACACCAGUACAAAACGACAGUGUCAUCUACGAAGACACAUACGUGAACUUCAACUUAGAAGUACCCACAUGUAGGAGGGGCGACGUGACAACGAUGUGGAAGGUUUCCUACAAACCAGGUAUGGAUCGAUACAUUGUGACCACCGGAGGUAUGGGGCCUUUGAAGCAGUUUAAGAUCACCAAGGAUAGAGCUAAUGAUGGAUUGUAUCAGCUUUCUUACUACCCGAAGAGUGAGGCCUUCAAUAAACGCCUAAGGUUCGAACUUGGCUAUUUGGCCGAUAAUGACGACGUAACCUACUUGACUCCCAAUGCCAACCCAGUUCUUUUUGCGUUUGAGCCAUAUCUGUUUGGAGUUCCUAAAAUCGAGUAUAAGAAGGUGUCGGAAUGA